GGGUCUUCUUUCAGAGGGUCUUCUUUAGGGUCUUCUUUCAGGGGGUCUUCUUUCAGAGGGUCUUCUUUAGGGUCUUCUUUCAGAGGGUCUUCUUUCAGAGGGUCUUCUUUCAGAGGGUCUUCUUUCAGAGGGUCUUUCCUCUGAAUGGACUGCAGGUCUUUGUUCUUCAGUCACAUGGUUUCAGGCCCCCCCCAGCUGUGAGGCUGAACCUCUAACAACCUGCUUUAGUAUUAAUAAUAAAGAAUAACAAAGGAGGGGGACCUGCUCCACCCCGAGGACGCGCGGUGUGUGUGUGUGUGCGUGUGGCCACGCCCCCUCCGGGUGACGUCACGAGGCCGUCACAGCCCUCCUCCUCCAGUCCUCCGGCAGACCGGAGCGAGGCGGACGUGGAGCGGCGUGUGCGCGCGACCGUCCCGGGAACCGUUUGUUAUUAUUGAUCCGUUUGUUUACCUGGAAGGAAAAAACAACAACAACAACAAGCUUGUGCAGCAGCUGCUCGGCGGCAGCAGCGCUUGUUUCCAGGCGGCGAGCGGCGUCUCCAUGGCGGCCCACCGCAUCGUGCGGGUGGCGAGCGGCGGCCGCGCCCUGCCCCGCUGCCGCUCGGAGGGGACGCUCAUCGACCUCGGCCAGGGGGUCACCGACGCCCAAGCGCCUCCUCCUCCCAGCGCCUCCUCCCCCGGAGCCGGGCAGGAGGUGGUGGCCGUGAAGGACUACCGGCCCAGCAGCUUCACCACGCUGAGCUUCUCCAAGGGCGACCGGCUGUUGGUGUUGGACACGUCGGGGGGGGAGUGGUGGUACGCCCACAACCACACGGAGAUGGGCUACAUCCCCGCCGCCUACGUCCGGCCCCUCGCCCCCAGGCCGGCGGACGGUCCGGGGGAGGGGCCUGAGGACGGGUCCGAGGAGGCUGCAGGUCUGGGGGAGUGGACGGGGAACCCCUUCAUGGACGACCUCAUCCUGUUCGACGCUCCUCCGUCCGGCUCAGACUUUGACCCCAGCUCCGCCGGGACUAAAGGGUCCGGCCCGACGAGCCCGAGCCGAGAGGCGGCGCCGUACCCCCGCGGGGACAACCCCUUCCUCAGGAGUCAGCGCUGCCGCAGCCUCUCGGAGCUGUCCCCCCCCUCGCCCUCGGGGUUCUUCACGGGCCUGAAGGCUCCUUCGCCGGAGCAGUUCCAGAGCCGGGAGGACUUCCGGACCGCGUGGCUGGACCACAGGAAGCUGGCCCGGUCUUGCCACGACCUGGCCUCCCUGGGCCAGAGUCCCGGGUGGGGCCAGACGCAGCCGGUGGAGACCAGCGUCGUGUGCCGGUUGGACAGCGGCGGAGGCGUGGUCCAGCUGCCGGACACCCGCAUCAGCAUCCACGUCCCCGAGGGCCACGUGGGCCCGGGGGCCCACCAGCAGGUCUCCAUGAAGGCCCUGCUGGACCCUCCGCUGGAGCUCAACGGGGACCACUGCUCCACCGUCAGCCCCGUGCUGGAGAUCACGCUCAGCAACAUGGAGACCAGGUCCUCCGUCACGCUGGAGAUGAGCGUGGCGGCCUCCCUCAGGACGGACGGCCGCCACGCCGCCGAGGUGCUCUGCGUCCGGAGCGCCCGCCGGGACGGGCCCUACGCCGCCGUGCCCAACGCGUACCUGUACGGCGACACCAUCCAGGUGCAGCUGGGCGGCCCGGAGCCCCGCAUGUACGUGGCGGUCGUGGUUCGGUCUCGGCACGCCGGGCGCCACGCGACCGUGUGGGACCUGGUGCAGAGGACCGUGACUCUGGGCGUCUACGGGCCCAAACACGUGCACCCGGCCUUCCGGGCCGUGGUGGCCCUGUUCGGCCACGACUGCCCCCCGACUCACCUGCUGCUGGAGGAGGCGGGCCCGCCGGCGGCGCUGCGGCUGUGGGGGAAGCAGCGGUUCGCUCUGGCGUACCCUCAGGACCUGCAGGUGGGUUUGUACUCCAACAUGUCCAACCACCAGGUGAGCAGCGAGGGCGCCGGCGCCAUCCGGGGGCUUCAGGUCAAACUGGGGAAAGUCAGCCGGCUCCUGUACACCAUCUCCUCGCCCGACCUCGACGGCCUCUCGGACUUCACCCUCCGGGUCCAGGUCAAGGACGCCCUGGACUGCAUCCUCACGCAGUUCUGCGUCCAGACGCCGCCGCCGCCGCCGGCGGGGGCGAGGACGGGGGGCCAGAGGAGAUUCCUGAGGAGGAGGGAGGUAGAUAAGAUCGUCCUCUCGCCGCUGGCCGUCACUUCCAAGUACCCCAAGUUUCAGGACCGGCGCGUCACCAACCUGAAGUUCGGCAAGCUGCUGAAGACGGUGCUGCGGCCGCACCGGAGCCCGUACCUGCUGGAGUACAGGAGGGGCGACGUCAUCGCGCUGCUCAGCGAGGAGCGGCUCAAGCUCCGAGGGCAGCUCCGCACCAAAGAGUGGUACAUCGGCUUCUACCAGGGGAGGCUGGGCCUCGUGCACGCCAACAACGUCCUGGUUCUGGGGAAGGUCAAGCCCGUCUACUGGCGCGGGCCGGACCUCGGCACCGCCGCGCUGCUGGAGCAGAUCCUGAAGCCCUGCAGGUUCCUCACCUACAUCUACGCCUCGGUGAGGACGGCGCUCAUGGAGAACGUGGGCAGCUGGAGGGCGCUGGCCGACGCCCUGGGGAACGGGAACCUGCCGCUGGACUUCUUCUGCCGGAGCGAGCCGGACCACGAGCCGGAGAAGGUGGCGUCGGUUCUGGAGAAACUCAAAGAGGAGUGUACGAGCGGCGAGAACAAGGAGAGGAAGUCCUUCCAGAGGGAACUCGUGAUGGCGCUGCUGAAGAUGGACUGCCAGGGCCUGGUGGCCCGGCUGGUCCUGGACUUCGUGCUGCUGACCACGGCGGUGGAGGUGGCCGUCAGGUGGAGGGAGCUGGCGGAGAAGCUGGCCUGCGUGUCCCGGCCGCAGAUGGAGGCCUACGAGGCCCCCCACCGGGACAAGAACGGGCUGCUGGACCACGAGUCCAUGUGGAAGCCGGCCUACGACUUCCUCCUGACGUGGGCGGCCCACGUGGGGGACAGCUACCGGGACGUGAUCCAGGAGCUCCACCUGGGCCUGGACCGCAUGAGGAACCCCAUCACCAGGAGGUGGAAGCACCUGACCGGCACGCUGAUCCUCGUCAACUGCCUGGACCCUCUGCGCGGCGCCGCCUUCUGCCCCACCGGGUACGGGGACUUCGCCGUGUGAGCAACCGCUGACCGGCCAAGGUCAAAGGUCAGAGGUCAGACCUGCUGGAUGUAGAAACCUCCACGUGGACCUGGAGGAUCCGCCCGUGGGUUUCUUCUUCGUGGCUUUAAUUAAAGUCGUCUUCACUUCCUGUCUCUUUUCUUUGAAUAUGGUCUUGUUCCCGGACUCAGGACCACAUCAGAGACCUGAUCCACCUGCGCUGACCUUUGACCUUUGAAGCCCAUUCGCCCCCCCCCCCCCCCGCAUUUGUUUGGAAGCCAAAUGCAAAAACAACUUUCCCCUCUUCUUUUGCCGGAGGAUGAGACAACAGGAAGUGGGUAGCGUGUUCUUAAAGGAACAGUACGCCUGUUUAUUCUAUUUUUGUACGUGCAGAACAAUCAACACGUUUAUUAUCAGAGCGUCCGCUGUCAUUUAAAAACUGGUUUGAUCCAAGAUGAUGAAGAACUAUCACGGCACUUUUUAUUUUUGUUCAAAGUGCAGCAUAAAUAUAAUAAAUCUUCUGGUUUUUUCAUCAUUUUACUGGAAGAUUAUUAUUAAAUUAAAGGGAAAAAUGACCUGAAAAUGUUUACGUCAAACAUCUGUGAUGCUUUUAUGGUUUAUUAUAUUGAUUUAUUGUUUAUUUAAUAGUUUCCUAUAUUGUUUUAUAGUUUCUUUCUUUGUGUUUGUUGCUGUUUGGUUUUAAUAUGUUUCGUGCUUCUGGACGAGGACACGAAGAGUUUAUAUAUUUAUAUUCACGUUUCUGUUUCAAUAAAACAUUGAAAAAUA